UCCAUGGAGACUGAUGUUGUUGUGAUGGUGGUACUCACCUAAUUGUGGUUGCAGGGUCAAGACUCAGCUCCUGGCCCCUGUGUUAUUGCUAAAUUGGCCUAAUUUGCCCGAAAUGUUCAGCAUAACAAGGGGCUUUCUAUACAGUAAUUGGUGAAGGAUGGGUAUUGACUGGGAGUACCUCCGUGGGGUCACUGGGGAUUCAGGGGCCUGGGGUGAACCGGAUCUAGAGAAGCUCUAUCAUACUCUUGAGGGAAUUACCAAAGUGGAGCCUCAGGACAGGACUGUUAAGAAGUUAGAAAUGCUCUUCACUCACACCCAAGCAGUGAUGAUGGCCAAACAUGCUCAGGCUGUAGCACUGGAAGAAGAGCUUGGUCACCUAGCUGAGUCAGUGGGGCGGGGAGAUGCUCAACGGGAGCAAGAGCUGCAAACUGAGAUUGCACGGUUACAAGCCAUAGUUGCAAGUGGAGAUUGCCCAGCUAGUGAAAAGAAUAUUGCCUAUGACUGGUCAAGUGGAUGGCGUCUGAAGAAAAAAGAAUUGGAGGAAGCACUUCGACAGAAGAAUCUGGAGAUACAACAGUUCAUGGAUGACUUACAAGCCUGUGAAAAUGAGCGUGCUUAUCUUCAGUCAUCUGCGCUUGAAUUGGAAGAUCGCUUAGCUGAAGCUACAAAGGAAAUCAACAGUAUCACUGCAGAUUAUUUGUCUCUGAAAGAAUCCCAUGUUCAUUCUCAAGAGAGUCUGAGAGUAGCCCGAGAAGAAAUUGAUGGGUUACGUAGUCAUAUUGAAGAAAUGGCUAUUGAGAAAGCUCAUAUACAGCAGAAUUAUGAUGAACUUAGUACUGCUGUUGAUACCCGAGUUGAUCAAUUAAAAAAUCAUCUUGUCUUUCAUUAAAUCACCUAAGGCCACUAAUAACCCAGCAAAAGGCUGCAGUCAAAAUGAUAAAUUCCCACUCCCAACAGCAUACUCCACCAAUAUUCAAAAGUCUGAAACUGCUCACCAUAAAGAACAUCCAUACUUACUCAUGUGCCUGCUACAUACAUAGAACACUACACUCAAACAUAAACCCUCCACUCAAACUUCUCCUCACCAACCUUAACAGGUCACACAACAAUAACACAAGACACAGAUCUCUUUUUGAUGUACCCUGUGUCCAUAUCACAGUGUAAAAACUCUUUGCACAUAAAGGGCCCCAAAAUUUGGAAUUCAUUACCAGUACAUACUAAAGUAACUCGGUCUGAACAUCAAUGUAAGACUUCUCAAAAACCACUUACUCACCCUAAACUAAAUACUCAAUAUUUUACUUUACCAAAAAAUCUCCCAAUUGCCUAAAUCUUAAAACUUCAAAACAUGAUGCCCAAUACAUUGAUUAAAACUACCUUGUAGUAUAAAUAUCUUCCCAAAACAUUACUGCCUUACACCCAAUUGUAGCGUUCUCAUACUGUAAACUGCUUUCAACAACUCACAAAGUUAUAUUCUCGUAAUAUAAUUUCAAUAUUUACUAUUGAAACUAUUGUACUUUGAGUAAAAUUACUAUGUACUAUAAAUAAACAAGAUGUACAACUUAAACUAUCUUCAAUUUCUUUAGUGUUAAGUAGUGCCAUUAAAUUAAGUCUACCCAUAAUGCCUAGGCAUGAUAGUGGCUCUCUUUGCACUGCAACUCAUUUUUGUAAUUUCAUAAUCUCAAUGUAAUCUUGCAAGGAAAUAAAAAUUGAUUGAUUGAUUGAUAGGUGGUUAUCCUUUUAUACAGUUUUCACCCAACACAUGCAAGGUUGUUUAUUUUAUUAACACAUUGGCUGUUUCCCACCAAGGCAG